AGAGAAAAAGGACGAUGGGAGAAAAAGCAUCAUCCAGGAGAGAUGGUCAUGGCUGUAGGCGUGACCAGAAUGGCAACUCCUUUGCUUUGCAACGUGGCGCUUCUGCUGCUGCUUGGAUUGGCCUCAGCCUUUAGCCACAGCUCUCGGAGCCCCGAUAAGGUUUCUGAAGCAGAUAUCCAGAGGCUCCUCCAUGGAGUGAUGGAGCAGCUGGGUAUUGCCAGACCCCGAGUGGAGUAUCCAGCACACCAGGCCAUGAACCUGGUGGGUCCGCAGAGCAUUGAAGGUGGUGCUCAUGAAGGUCUCCAGCACUUGGGUCCUUAUGGCAAUAUCCCAAAUAUUGUGGCUGAGCUGACAGGAGACAAUAUACCAAAGGAUUUCGGUGACGAUCAAGGAUAUCCUGACCCUCCAAAUCCUUGCCCCAUUGGGAAAACAGUUGCUGAUGGGUGCCUAGAAAACACCCCAGACACAGCAGAGUUCAGCAGAGAAUACCAGCUGCACCAACACCUUUUUGAUCCAGAGCACGACUAUCCCAACAUGGACAAGUGGAGCAAGAAUUUACUCUUUGGGAAGAUUAAUGGUGGUCCAAAAAGAAGGAAGAGGAGCGUGAACCCAUAUCUCCAAGGACAGCGACUGGAUAAUGUUGUAGCAAAGAAGUCUGUGCCACAUUUUUCAGAUGAAGACAAGGGUCCUGAAUAAGUACAAUAAAAAUGAACGAUGAAAACUUAUGCCAUCUUCAGCUAGAUCGUAAUAUUGCUUAUAUAUAAUCAUCUAUUAAAAUCCUUGUGAAUGGCAGCAUGUUUAUUAUUUAUAUAAUUGUAGAUGAAAAACAGCUGUAUUUAUAACAGUAUGUUCCUCUAGAUAACGAAAAUAUGGUUCUGCUUUUCGUUAAGUUAUGGUAAAAGGACAGUUCUGUUGUUUUUAUUUUAGUCACGGAGAAAACUUUAAAAAUAUUAGUCAUUUUAAUAGCUAAUGUGAGGUAAAUAGUCUUAAUGAGCAGCUUGCAAAUAGGGAGAUGUAAAAAAUGCCCAGUCUGACUCCAACAUUUAAUCUUAAAUUUUACUUUGUUUGACACAUGAAAAUUAUAGUUUUAUGUUUUGUUCACAAAUAUUGUUACUUAGCAAAGGCAAAGUAUUUAUUUUACCCAGAGAAUUUUGGCUUUUGGUCUAUUUUAAUAAACAUUUAAGCAAUCUACAAGGUUUGCAAAGUGACAUUUUCCAAAAUAUUUCAUAGGCUAAUUUGUCUCAAUUAUUGCUGUGCAGAUUUAAAAAUUAAAGAACUGAUUUUGAGUUUAUCCACUGGAAUAUUUUUCUAUUAGUUUUAAUCAUUCCAUGACUUUUCCUGAACACUUGCGAGUCUUAUUGCCUUAUCAAUGGUACUUUUAGAAAUCAAUCCCCCCGCCCUUUUUUUUUUUCCUCUAACAGCAGCAUUGGCACAUUAUAAAGUGCUUAUAUUAUGUGUCCGUGGAAUAUUAUAGGUGGAGAUGGAGACAGUUGUCUGUGUUAAUAAAACUGUGGCAACAUACAGUGAAUCCAAAUGCAGGAUCAUCCAGCUGAUAAUCUUCUGAAACACUAUGAUAUUCUAAUGACAUUGGGGGCUAUCAGUGUUCUUGGUACUGCUCCAGGAAGCAUAGUCUUAUUCCCUGAGAAGAUGAAAAACUUUAUAUUGCAGCAAACUGAGUUCUCCCUUGCCUAAAGAACUGCUGAAAGUGUG